AUGGCCAUUCCGGUUUACCUGGUUUUCGUUGACAUUCCUCUCACACAAUACAUCCAGCAUGCCCUUAAGAACCACUGGCGGACGGUCGUUGUUGACUCCACUGAUGACGAGGCCUUCUUUGAUGCUGCGGAGGUGACCUCGGGGACGGAAGGUACAUCCCACAAAUAUAGCCAGCCCAUUCACAAAUGUCCUGUCUGCGUGGCUGCUCUCAAACACCUUAUGGACCUACCCUGGCCUCGUGCCAUCGAGCAGUUCGCCAAGUACAUCGCCCUGUACCAACUGGAGGCAUUCCACCGCCUGGUUGUCCCCUCUGGAUUGAUGCCCUGGUUCAAAGAACAACUUUCUCGUCUACAAGGGGAUAUCCGGACGCUCAUGGCAGCCGACCACAAAAAGGUAAGUUAA